UCUCUUCUCCUAAAUCAUCACUAGUUAUAUUUUUCUUUUCUUUCUGUAUAACAAAAUCAUGGGCAUAUCACAAAAUGUCGUGUUUGCUCUUUUCUUAUGUUUGGUCGCAUUUUCUCCCUCAGUCUUCGGACGACCGGCCACUUUUCUGCAAGAUUUUCGAAUCACGUGGUCUGAUUCCCAUAUCAGGCAAAUCGAAGGAGGGAAAGCCAUCCAGCUAGUCCUAGACCAAAAUUCGGGAUGUGGGUUUGCUUCCAAGUACCAGUACUUGUUCGGGCGAGUUAGCAUGAAGAUCAAGCUCAUCCCUGGGGACUCUGCCGGAACCGUCACUGCCUUUUAUAUGAAUUCGGACACCGACACAAUCCGUGACGAGCUGGACUUUGAGUUCUUGGGAAACAGGACCGGGCAGCCUUAUACGGUCCAAACCAAUGUCUAUGCCCAUGGGAAGGGUGAUAGAGAACAAAGAAUAAACCUUUGGUUUGAUCCUGCUGCAGAGUACCACACUUAUUCAAUUCUUUGGAAUCAUUAUCGAGUCACUUUCUAUAUAGAUGAAGUGCCAAUCAGGGUUUACAAAAACAAUGAAGCCAGAGGCAUCCCAUAUCCAAAGCUGCAGCCCAUGGGAGUGUACUCCACAUUGUGGGAAGCAGAUGACUGGGCAACAAGGGGAGGGCUGGAGAAAAUUGAUUGGAGGAAAGCCCCUUUCUAUGCUUAUUACAAGGACUUCGACAUAGAGGGAUGCCCAAUGCCAGGACCCGGGACUUGUGCCUCUAACCCUAAUAACUGGUGGGAGGGAACUGCAUACCAUGAACUCAGCCCUAUUGAAGCCAGACGAUACCAUUGGGUCCGUCAGAACCACAUGAUCUAUGACUACUGCACGGACAAAUCGCGAUACCCGGUUACCCCACCGGAGUGUGUCGCAGGCAUCUAAAAUCCGAUGGCCAAUUUUUCCUUAAUUGGUAAAUACAUUCAUGCCUACGUACGUACACACCCUCAUACACUUUGUUGUGUGAUAAGAGCCAUGCAUAUCAGGGGGUAUAGAGGGGAUAAAAAAUAAUAUUACUUUUGUUUCGAUGGUGAUUUUAGUAUGUGGUUGAAGCCUAAGAUUUGUAAGGUUUGUUUUCUAAGGGUGGGCAAAGGGUCAACUUCUAUUUGUAAACCAUAUGUGUCUGUAUUUGCCGAUUAUCAUAAGUGCCAAUAAAGCUUCUGCCUGAUUGUGAAAGGGAUGCUUUUUGCUUUA